GCUUCCAGCGGAAGAGGCGCAAGAUGGCGGCAGAGCGGCAGGUGGCUGGUGGCGGCGGAGGCAGCGGUGCUCGCGGAGGCGGAGGAGGCGGCUGCGGAGCCGGAGCCCCCCCGGCCGGCCCCGAGGAGAACAAGGAGAAUGAGAAGCCGAAGGCGGGCGGCCUCGGGGAUAGUCUGGGCCUGGAGAUACUUCAGAUUGUUAAGGAAUCACAGCAGCAGCACGGAUUACGGCAUGGUGAUUUUCAGCGAUACAGGGGUUACUGCUCCCGCAGGUUGAGAAGGCUACGAAAAACUCUUAACUUCAAGAUGGGAAAUAGACACAAGUUCACAGGGAGGAAAGUAACAGAAGAGCUUUUAUCUGAUAGCAGAUACUUGCUUUUGAUUCUUAUGGAUGCUGAGAGAGCUUGGAGCUAUGCUAUGCAGCUUAAGCAGGAAGCCAACACAGAACCCCGCAAACGAUUCCACCUGCUGUCUCGCCUGCGCAAAGCCGUAAAGCACGCUGAGGAGCUGGAGCACCUGUGUGAAAGCAACCGAGUGGAUGCCAAGACCAAGCUGGAAGCUCAGGCAUAUACAGCUUACCUGACAGGUAUGCUCCGCUUUGAGCACCAGGAAUGGAAAGCAGCCAUGGAGGCGUUUAAUAAAUGCAAAACCAUAUAUGAAAAGCUGGCAAGUGCUUUCACAGAGGAGCAGGCUGUGCUGUAUAAUCAGCGAGUGGAAGAGAUCUCUCCCAAUAUUCGUUACUGUGCCUAUAACAUUGGUGAUCAGUCAGCUAUUAGUGAGUUAAUGCAAAUGAGGCUGAGAUCUGGAGGUGCUGAAGGGCUUGUUGCUGAAAAACUGGAGGCACUCAUCACCCAGACUCGAGCAAAACAGGCAGCCACUAUGAGUGAGGUGGAAUGGAGGGGAAGAACUGUGCCAGUGAAGAUAGACAAAGUGAGGAUCUUUCUGCUGGGGCUGGCAGAUACUGAAGCAGCUAUUGCUCAGGCAGAAGAAGAAGAAACGAAAGAACGUUUGUUUGAGUCCUUACUGAGUGAGUGCCGAGAUGCGAUACAGGCUGUUCGUGAAGAACUGAAACCGGACCAGAAGCAACGAGAUCAUUGUUUGGAAGUGGAUUCUGGAAAAGUCUCAAAUAUCCAGUACCUUCACAGUUACCUGACUUACAUCAAGCUGUCCACCGCAAUCAAGCGCAAUGAGAGUAUGGCAAAAGCUUUGCAGAAGGCACUACUUCAGCAGCAGCAGCCCGAAGAAGAUGGCAAGCGUAACCCUCGGCCUCAGGACUUGAUACGCCUUUAUGACAUCAUCUUACAGAAUUUAGCAGACUUGCAACAACUUCCAGGCCUGGAAGAGGAUAAAAGCUUCCUAAAGGAGAUCGGAAUAAAGACACUGGUGUAUAAAGCUUACAGGUGUUUUUUCAUUGCACAGUCAUAUGUUCUGGUGAAGAAGUGGAGUGAAGCCCUUGUUUUGUAUGAUCGAGUUCUGAAAUAUGCCAAUGAAGUUGAAGCUGAAGCUGGAACUCACAAAAACAGCUUAAAGGAGCUUCCUGAUGUUCACGAGCUGAUCACUCAAGUGAAUGCAGAGAAAUACUCCUUGCAAGCUGCUGCCAUAUUAGAUGCAGGAGAUACCCCUGAGGUUGAGUCCCCAUCUCAGGUCAAGGAUGGCAAGCCUCUUUCAGAACGGCUAGAGACUUUCUGUCUGGAUUCUUCUCUGGUCAGCAAACAAGCCAGUCUGGUGCAUUUCCCUCCAGAGUUCCAGCCAAUACCAUGCAAGCCUUUGUUCUUUGACCUGGCCCUCAACCAUGUCACCUUUCCACCUUUGGAGGACAAAGUGGAGCAGAAAGCAAAGAGUGGUCUUACAGGAUAUAUCAAAGGCAUCUUUGGAUUCCGGAGUUAACCAGGGCAGUUCUCAAGAAGAAGAGUGCUGGUCUUUCUGGAUUUUUGGGCAAACUCCAGUAAACUUAGACCUUAACCAUUUGUGUCUGAAAUCCAUAUGGGAAGUUUUUAAUAUCUUUCCAGUAUUCUCUCUUGUCUGUGCAUCUGGUUUAUUAUAAACUUUCCACACUAAGAACAUAUAUUAUGUGUCUGGUCGGUCUUCUACAGUACCUGAAACUGAUGGGAAUUGUAUCUGGCUUUCUUGACAGAAGCAAAAUCUGAAACCUUCUACCCUGUGGUUCGGGUAGAACCAAUACCCAUUUAGUGGGCCUGAUCUGAUCUUUAUUUUCCUUUAGUAGUUGACACUAUACACUUGGUUUUUGGAAAGCUGAUCUAUCGUGGACAGGAUGGAACAGAAGGGAACCAAAGCAGAGGUUUGCAAUUGGGUUGCCUAAGCAAAGUGUGAAACCCUGCCUCUUUGAUUUUAUGGUCGUGUAAAAGUGCUCGAGAGGGGUUAUGUUUCAGAAGCUUCAAAAACUUUACAGAUUUAUAGUUGGUUGACUGAAACCAGUAAGUGGGUUGAGAAUAUGCUUUUAAAUUGAUGGCAUAAUCUCUCUACACUUCCUCAGAACCGAGGAAUUCUCCAAGAACCUCCCAGAAAACCCUUUGGUUUCUGAGAGAACAAAUGGUUAUUCAAUUUACAGAUUGCAUAUUUCUUUAUUUUCUGUUUAACUUAGGUGAAAUUGGUAUAUGGGGAGUUUUUUUUAAUUAACUCUUAUCUCCUUUCACCUUUUCUGUCAUUACAUUUAGUUAUUUUAAGGAAUCCGCUUAGCGUGAGGACUUGGUAAACUGAGCUAGUGGAAUCCUGAGCAAUAAAGAUAGUUGCCCUGUGUUCACGUGUUCAUUUUCUGUGAGAGCUUCUAACAGUGCUGUGGGAAUCCAGCCUUCUUUUCAGUGUCACUUUUAAAACUGUUAAUAGUCACAGUCGUUCAAAAUAUUUGAGUAUCUAAAUUGUAUUUGGGAGUUCUCCAUCACCUAUGUAGCUUGUUUUAAAAUAUUUUCCUAGUUUGUCUGAAAUAUUUGCUGGAUCAGUCAGUGCUUAGCUAUAUUUUUGUUACGCUGGGCUCCAGUUUUGCUAUAUGUCUUCUAGACAUUGUUGGAAAUAGUAGAAAAACUGGAUUGAUCCAAUUUGAAAAUAUUCAACAAACGAUGCUUCUCAGUCACUGAGUUAGCAAUCUGCAGAUAAUUAUAGUUUUCAGAUUAAAGAAACGUGGAGCUUCAUUAUGCUGAAAUGAUUGAAUUCAUUUCUUUAUGUAAAAAAACAGCCUCUUUUAGAGGGGGCUAAUAGUGUCACAUCUGUUUUAAAAUGUGUAUAUGAAAGGCUGUUCUAAUGUGUCUUGCAGAAAAACAAGCAAAUAGUAUUUUAGUUUAUAAAGCAGUGGCAUUUCACACAGAUGUGGUCUACGAAGCCCGUGAUUUGUAAAUUUGGUGAAGACUAAUUUGAGAUUAAGAAAUUUGCCAAGAAAUGGUCCAGUUUCCUUUUUUUGGGCACAUGGCUAUUAGUGUUUCGUUUGUACUUUGCUCCAGAUUGUCCUCUCUCUUCCUGCUUUCAGAUUUGAAUUAAAUCUGAGAACUGUGUGCCUCGUAUGAAUGCUAUUAAACUCUGUUCUGUUUGCCAUCAGUCUCAGGCCUGUGGGCAGCUGAGCACAUUCCACCCGCAGUGCUUUUGUGUUUGUUUGCUGUCAAAAAAUGCUUAAAAUUGUUUUUGUGAGUCACUCUUGUGACACGAUGCAUAUUACUCAGACAGAAAGGAAAUCCUUGAAUUAAAAAAACAUUGUUACUGA